AUGUCCGCUCCCGCUCCCGAUCAAAACGCACCUCCCGCCGGCGGUCAGCAGGACGCCCUCGACAAGGCUGUCCAAUUUGGCACCAAAAAGGCUGGCCACGAGCAGAGCGGCAGCACCGUCGAGAAGAUCUCGGAUGGCAUUCGAUCUGGCUUCAAGAAGCUUACUGGCAAGGAUAUCCCCAUCGAGGACAAGCAGUAA